GCUUCCUCAUACUAGUGUUCAAUACUUAGCAAGGGAAGGAGAAAGCAAAUGGGGAGUCUCGCCAUGGAGGGCGACAACCAUGACCAGCCACUUCAGGUGGUCAUGUUCCCAUUUCUAGCCUUCGGCCACAUCUUCCCUUUCGUCCAUCUCUCCAACGCCCUUGCUGCUAAUGGCAUCAACGUCACCUUCCUCACCUUUCCCUCCCUCGUCCCCAAGAUUCGCCUCUCCCUCGACUCUAACAUCCCCAUCCUCAGCUACAAACUUCCCCCCAUCAAUGGCCUUCCGUCCGACGUGUACAGCACGAACGGCUGCAGCGAGGUGCUGGUCGAGCUACUGAGGCAGGCAAUGGACAAGACAAGGCCACAGAUUGCUAAAAUACUCGCCAAACUCUCCCCUCAGGUCGUUGUCUUUGACUUCAUCCAAUGCUGGGUGCCGGAGGUGGCGGAGUUGCUGGGGAUCAAGUCCGUCUACUUUUGUGUCUUCAAUGCCAUCAACAUUGCUAGCACCAUCCUCUUCGGCUUGACACCUCACCAGAAGCCAUCGCUCUGGCGGCUGAGGCUGCCGCCGAGAGAGCUGCUCUCCGUCUACCUGAGGGUGAAGCCUUAUGAGGUACGUGGCAUGCUUUACAACGCCCACGUCUCCGGCUCAGAGGCCUCCAACUUCAAACGCCUGGUCUCCUCCGUGGCUUGCUGCGAUGCCAUUGCCGUGAAGAGCACCUACGAGAUGGAGGCGACUUCGAUUAAGUACCUGUCUUCUCAAUGCCGGAAGCCGGUGCUGCCCACCGGCGUGCUCCUGCCGAAGGCCCCAGCUGGAGACCUAGAGCCGAAGCUGGCCGAGUGGCUCAACAAGUUCCCAAAGGGCACAGUUGUUUUCUGCUCUUUCGGAAGCGAGUCCUAUCUGUCCAUGAUGCAGAUGAAAGAGCUGGUUGCGGGGCUCGAGAUGACUGGAUUCCCGUUUCUGGCUGUGCUGAACACUACCGCCGACGCGCCGAAGGAUAGGCAAGAGUUGGAGGCGGAGAUAGGAGAGAAGGCAGGAGGAAGGGGGAUGGUGUGCAGCGGGUGGGUAAACCAGCCACUCAUCGUGAAGCAUCAGGCAGUCGGCUGCUAUAUCAACCAUGGUGGCUGGAGCUCUAUAGCGGAGGCGGUGGAGGGAGGGUGCCAGUUGGUGAUGUUGCCGGUGAAGGGAGACCAGUACCUGAACACGAAGUUGAUGGUCAUGCAGCUUAGGGCAGCAGUGAAGAUCAACAGGAGAGCUUGGGAUGGGUGGUUCACCCGGAAGGCCGUAAGGAAAGCAGUGAGGACCGUAAUGGUUGAAGGUUCGAAGAAGGGGAAGGUGGUGAGAGCCAACAACUCCAAGUUGAGGGAGAUCCUUCAGCAGGAGGGGUUGCAGGAAGACUAUACGAAGGGCUUCAUAACCAUGCUCACGGAGUUGGUAGCUUCACAAUGAAUAUGGUCUAGUUCCCAUCACGUCCAUGCAUGCAUGGGAUC